AUGGCACCAACAAUUAUACUGAUUAAUGCUGAUGAUAUGAAGCUUGUUCUUGAUAUCAGUGCCAAAAUCAGGUCAAACUAUUUUGGCCUGAUUGAUGUGCCUGAUCAUUCCACUCCUGCUGCCACCACCCACCACCUGCAUGCUGCUCCUGUCCUGCCAACUACUGCUGCUGCCUUCCUGCCUCCUUCCAGCACCAUCAGGGUCUCCACCCAUCAAAUGACAGGUAUUAGAGCCUCUGUCUGGUUCACAAAGCUGGUUCUGGAGAAGCAGGAGAAGGAAGAGAAGAAGAAGAAGAAGAGAAAGAAGAAGGACAAUGAUGAUGAUGAAGAUAAUAAUGAUGAUAAUUAA